UCUUGAAUAUUUUGAAUACUUGAUAUUUUGAUAGUUCGAUACCGGUUUUCACUCUUUAUCGGCUAUCGGAAUUAUAACGGAAUAUAUAUUAAGUUAUAUCUAAUUAGUAAUUAAUAAUUACCAAAAAUUAAAUAUUAAAAUUUAUAAUUGAAUACCUAGGUAUUAUAUUUUGGUAUUCAAACGAGUAAUUUUAAAAUUAAAGUAACAGACCCGGUCUGAUAACUGUUAAAAAUUUAUGCUCAUCAAGUAAAACAUGUCAAAAGUACUUGAAAAGAAAACUCCUGGUCAAAAUUCUAUUUGGGAUGUAUUAAGAAAAGCAACAACUAAAAAUUCAGAAUGGCCUGACAAAGAUGAAUUUCUGGAUGUAAUAUAUUGGGCGAGGCAAAUCAUUGGACUCGUUGCUGGUCUAUUAUGGGGUCUAUUACCUCUAAAAGGGCUAUUUGGAUUAGGAUUAUUUUUAGUGCUCAAUGCUGUAAUAUUAUAUGCAUAUUUUACCAAUUUCCAACAAAUUGAUGAAGAAGAAUUUGGUGGGGCUUGGGAGUUGACAAAAGAAGGAUUUGUUACUUCAUUAGCAGGAUUUUUGGUAAUGUGGAUAAUUGUGUAUUCAGGAAUGCAUUUUGAUUAAUAACAAAAAAAAUUUAUGUAUAAUUUUUUUAUUACAAUGAAUUAAAUUAUAACUUUGUACAAAAUGUGUUUUCUACCUACAUAUUUAAGAAUUAUAAUAAAAACAUGAAGACUUUGUCCUAA